AUGCUGCAACUCGAGGACAUUACCUAUUCUCGAACGGCCACGAUCGCCGCCGUAAGCGAUUACUACAGGUUCCUGGCUACGAUGUACCUGGAAAACUCCCAGGUCAUCUACCCGCCUGAAGGGGGCUGGCCGUCUAUCGUGAAUGCAGACCGCGAGGUCUUGCAGUCCUUGGGCAAGUCAGACGAAGUCCUUGCUCUGCUCGCCCAUUUGCCUUACAUCCGAUGUCCACGGAACUGGAAUGACGACGCCGAAGCAGCUCCGGGCUGUGUGUUCGCCGAUUGGCAACAGCUCAUCAAAAGGCUCGGUGAGCCCUCCAGCGGAUUCACAGGCGAAUCAGUGCGCAUCAUGACCGAAGGAGCCGAGUUUACCGAGCUUGCACCGGCCCAUGUUGUGAGCCUGACCGCGGGGGACCGUGAAAACCCAGUCCUGAUACUCGAUACAAAGCUCGGCAUCAUUCACUGGGAGGACGGAUGUCCACCCGAGUUGGAAGACAGUGGCUGGUUUGGAGAAAGAGUCGAUUACGAGCCCGACGACGACGUUCCAGACGAGGAGGCACAAUGGCGCUACAGUGCCACCGCUUGGGCAAUUCCUGAUUUCUUUGAUGCCCUGAAAGCCCAAUUUGUUGAGCUACAAUGGAUCCCCAUCAGCCAACACUGUGUUCGGGGUGUUUCAGGCUGUGGGUCAGACGAAGUGGGCAUGGUGGCCAUGCUACAAGACAUCUACAGAGAACACGGGUGGCCGGAUCUGGGGGCCUACCGCAAGUCAAAGUGCUUAGCGGCCGUGCGCAAGGCGAUGUCGGAGAAUUAUCCCACCUCAGCUUGUCUACGAGGAUGA